AUGGGUGUUUCUGAUCAUUGUUGGAGCUCUCCAUUAGAAGGAAACUCAACAGGGGAAAUGUACAGCUGCACAGCAGAUCUGCAGUCCUGCCAACAGCUGCAGCGGCCAGGUUCAGAGAGCGUCCGCUUCUUCGGCAUGUCUGCUGCUGUGUCUUCUGCUGCUCUCACUAGCUGCAGUCCGUAUUUUCCUCAUGAGUGUGAUGGAAACUCGUAUCUGAACGGCGUUUGCUACCAGUUCAACAGCAGCUUACAGGCCGUCUCCAACUUCACCGCUGCUUACCAAGAAUGCAGCAAGAGAGAAGUCAAUCUGGUGUUUCUCUUUGAUGGAUCCAGCAGUAUGAAAGGAGUCGAGUUUGAAAUGAACAAAAACUUAAUUAAAGAUGUUAUGAAAAAACAUUCAAACUCAUCAAUAAAGUUUGCUGCUGUACAGUUUUCAACAGAUGUACGAACUGUGUUUGACUUCAACGAUUAUCAGAGCGGCUCCGCUGAAGAGAAACUCAUGAAAGAGAGACACAUGAAAUCUCUCACAAGCACACACAAAGGAAUCUACUACGUUCUAAAGAAUCUGCUGAAUAGCGUGUCGUCUGGAGCUGAUCCCAAUGCUCAGAAAGCUCUGGUGAUCAUCACAGAUGGAGACCCCAGUGAUAACGAUGAUUAUAAUGUCCUCAACACAUGUGAUGACCAGAAUAUCCUCCGUUACGUCAUCGGGGUGGGAAAGGUUGAUUUAACUGAACUCACUCAGAUGGCAUCAGAACCAAAACGGAACAACACCUUCUACAUUAAAGACUACAGUGGACUUAAAGGACUUCUUGACAACCUGCAAAAAAAGAUCUACAACAUUGAAGGGUCAGUGGAAGCUCACGGCAGAGACAGACAGAAAGAGUUAUCACAGAGUGGAUUCAGUGUCGUCUACCACGAGGAGUCUGUGAUCGUGGGUUCGGUCGGAUCGAAUGACUGGCGUGGAGCUCUGUAUGAAGUGACGGGAUCAGGACCUGAAUUCAGACAGACAGAGAUCAUCGAUCCAGCUGUAAAUAAAGACUCGUACAUGGGUUACUUUUUUUCUGUGCUGGGAAUGAGACGCGGCGGUCUCUCUUCUGUUCUCUGGGGCGCCGGCGGGGCCGAACACACGGGUCUGGUGACCCUCUUCACCAAGAACCAAAACACAUGGAACGUGACGAGCAACAUCAACGGAGAACAAAUUGGCUCAUAUUUCGGAGCGUCUCUGAGUCUGUUGGAUGUGGACUCUGAUGGAGACUCAGAUUUCCUGCUGGUCGGAGCUCCAUUAUUUUACCAGUCUCAGCCGAGGGCUGAAGGGAGGCUGUGCGUCUACAGUUUAUCAGAGCAGAAGUAUUUUCAGAAGACACUGAAUGUGAGUGAAUCAACCACUGGUAGAUUUGCUGCGUCUGUGGCUUCACUAAAGGACCUGAAUGGAGACGGUCUGUCAGAUGUGGCGGUCGGGGCACCGCUGGAGAAUGAAGGAGUCGUCUACAUCUACCUGGGUGACAGAACGCAUGGCAAAAACCCUGAACUCACUCCUCAGCGGAUCUCAGUGCAGUCAGUUCUGCCCGGUCUGCAGCAGUUUGGAGUGUCUCUGACCGGUCAGAUGGACAUGAACAAUGAUAAUCUGACAGAUAUCGUGAUCGGAGCACAAGGAGGGAUCGUCCUGCUCAAGGCUCGGCCUGUGAUGUCUGUAUCUGCGCAGCUCAGUUUCAGUCCAAAGGAAAUCAGUCUGAACUACUUUGAAUGUCCGGGUAGCAGCGCAUUUAAUGCAUUUAAUCUCACGUCAUGUUUCACGGUGACUGAGAGGACCAGCAGCACAGGAUCUCUAGAGAAGAAGCUGAAUGUUUCUCUGAAUCUGAAUGUGGAUGUGGUACGAGGAAUGAGUCAAGGAUUCUUUGAUCAGAGCAGUGUGUCGUCCAGGACUCUGCAGCAGUCCGUUCUGCUGGAUUCUGGGUCCUCCUGUUUUAACUUCUCCAUCUUCAUGCUGCGCUGUGUUGCAGACUUAGUAUCUCCUCUGAAGAUACGAAUGAAUUUCUCACAAACUGAGAUGUUGUCUGGAAACUCUGUGGCUGUUCUUGACGUCCACAGCAGGACGGAGGAGAAUGUUUGAGGUGCCGUUUCAAAGGAACUGUAAUUCAAACAACAGCUGUGUGGCCGAUCUGAAGCUGAACUUCGGUUUUACAAACAACACGUUAGUGGUGGAGAAUCAAGCUCAUUUCACAGUCCAGGUAUCACUGGCAAACCCAGGCGACGA